GAGGAACUCAGCGGCGACGGCGACAAGGCGCCGAAAACUCAGCCCGAUUCAAAACGAUGCUUGUGCCACCACGGGACAGCCAGCUGCGUGGGGUCUUUGCGACGCGAAGUCCGCACCGGCCAAACUUUAUUGGUAUCUCAUGCGUGCGGCUCGUUGCUGUGCAGGGGCUGGAGGUUCACAUUGCCGACCAUGACCUUCUUCACGGCACACCGGUGCUAGAUAUUAAACCGUACUUGCCAUAUUGUGACGCCCACCCGAACGCGAAGGCGGGAUGGGUGGAGGAAUUAGAGAACUCUGGCCGAGUUGGCGCAGACCACAAGUAUGACAUGCAGCGAAUGCAAGUGGAUCGCAUCUUUGAGGAUGAAUGA